UAAGAUAAGAGGAGUAGGCAGUGAAUAUAGUCAGUGUGAUCAUUGUGUUAUUGAUGGAUUUAAUUUUUCUGGUAUAGGCCCACCAUGAUCCGCCACCUGUUACUGCUUGGUCUUCUUGUCGCCUCGGCGACAGCUAAAGAACCUUGUCACUGUAGUGCCUUUAUUACAGUGAGAGGGGGAGAGAUGGAGGUGCACAAGCUGCCAACGUCAACUGUUCAUACGUGUGAGGAGCACGAACAAUGCAAGCAUCACUGCUACAACGAAUUUUCCGAACUGUCUGGUCACGGCAACCUCGACCACAUCAGUUCUGACGGCGUGACCACUGUGGGUCAAGUCCUCUGCUAUACACUCCGCUUCCCUGUAUCAGGAGAAUACGUGUUUGCUUACUCGAGGGUGUGUGAAGGACCCUGGGAAUGGACCGAAGGACAGUCGCAGCAGCGGCUUUGUUGUGACUUAAACCAGGUGUAUACAUCAUGUUAGACGCUCGACCUCUUGGCUCCUCCGCUGUGAUGCUACAAACUAAUUAUUUUCUGGAUUAUGAAUAAUUGUUUAACAUUUGGAACUCAGUCGAUUAUUCUUGUGCAGUUCGCAACAACUCAUGUUAAAAAGAAAAGCUUGGAAACAUGAGAAUAACCACGGUACAAAAGUUAUUUAUUCAGAAUUAAACAAUUGUACACUAAAAUAAUUUGGUAUAUAUUCCUGGAAGCAAUACCUGAAUGUUGCACACAAAACUAGACCAAAACUUUAAAAUAUAAAUAAUGUAGUGCUGCAAUAAAACAAAAUUAUC